AUGUCACAUCACCCCCUCAUCUCACCCACCUCACCACACCCACCAAUCCCACCUCACACUCUCAUCUCACCCACCUCACCACACCCACCUCACUCUCUCAUCUCACCAACCUCACCACCCCCACCCAUCCAACACCCCCCUCUCAUCUCACCCACCUCACCACACCCACCCAUCUCACACCACCCUCUCAUACAACACCCCUCCAUUUCACAUCAACCAUCCAUCUCACCCACCUCACCACACCCACCAAUCCCACAUCGUCCCCUCAUCUCAUCCACCUCACCACAUCCAUCCAACACCCCCUCUCAUCUCACCAACCUCACCACACCCACCAAUCCCACAUCGUCCUCUCAUCUCACCCACCUCACCACACCCAUCCAACACCCCCUCUCAUCUCACCCACCUCACCACAUCCACUCAUCUCACAUCACCCUCUCAUCUCACCCACCUUACCACACCCACCAAUCCCACAUCGUCCUCUCAUCUCACCCACUUCACCACACCCAUGCAUCUCACAUCACCCUCUCAUCUCACCCACCUCACCACACCCAUCCAACACCCCCUCUCAUCUCACCCACCUCACCACAUCCAUCCAACACCCUCUCUCAUCUCACCCACCUCACCACACCCACCAAUCCCACAUCAUCCUCUCAUCUCACCCACCUCACCACACCCAUCCAACACCCCCUCUCAUCUCACCCACCUCACCACAUCCAUCCAACACCCCCUCUCAUCUCACCCACCUCACCACACCCACCAAUCACACAUCGUCCUCUCAUCUCACCCACCUCACCACACCAAUCCAACACCCCCUUUCAUCUCACCCACCUCACCACAUCCAUCCAACACCCCCUCUCAUCUCACCCACCUCACCACACCCACCAAUCCCAUAUCGUCCUCUCAUCUCACCCACCUCACCACACCCAUCCAACACCCCCUCUCAUCUCACCCACCUCACCACACCCAUCAAUCCCAUAUCGUCCUCUCAUCUCACCACCCUCACCACACCCAUCCAACACCCCCUCUCAUCUCACUCACCUCACCACACCCACCAAUCCCACAUCGUCCUCUCAUCUCACCCACCUCACCACACCCAUCCAACACCCCCCUCUCAUCUCACCCACCUGA